GUGCUAGUUAUUUCCAGGUUUCACUUACAGUGCAGCUGCUUGUGGCAUGACUACGGAGUCACACUCCUCAUGUUCUCCUCCUCGAUCGAGUGACUUCUAAUCAGAAUGGCCACCAACAGCCUCUACAAGAAGAAGCUGACGCCCCAAGAGGUGGCCAGCAUCACCAAGAUGCUGUCCAUGGGCACCGUCAUGACUCGUUUCUAUGGGAAACGGAAACCAGAGAAGAGGUCCUUUGAAAUCUGCAUGGACACGCGGCAGAUUCUGUGGAGGCGGCAGACAGGACGCACAGAUGGAGCAGUUAAAAUUCGUGAGAUAAAAGAAAUUCGUCCUGGCAAGAAUUCCAGGGACUUUGAGAGGUGGCCAGAUGAAGCCAAGAAGUAUGACUCCUCACUGUGCCUGGUCAUCUGCUAUGGGGCUGAAUUUAGACUCAAGAGUUUGUCUGUUGUCGCUGGCAAUGCAGAUGAAAGGCACAAAUGGAUCGUCGGGUUGAAUUGGCUGGUGGAGGAGCACAAAAAGUCAACCUACCCGAGCAGAGUGGAAUGGUGGUUACGUCGGGAGUUCUUUGCUUUGGGAAAGUCAAAAACUGAUACGGUGUCACUCAGGGACAUGAAGUCAUUCAUGCCAUAUGUCAACCUGAAGAUGAACACAAAGGACCUGAAGGAAUACUUCAGUGAAGUAGAUCGGUGGAACAAGCAAGAGAUUGGCUAUGAUGGCUUUGUUCAGCUUUACCAUAACCUCAUUUUCCAGAGAGAGGUUGCUGAUAGGUUCAAAGAAUACAUCGAUGAGAGAAAUCUGGUGACUGUGAAUGGCAUGAUCCGCUUUCUUGCUCAGGAGCAGAAGGACACUGUGGCAAACAAUCCAGUUGCUGUCAAAUCCUUGAUGGAAUCAUUCCUCUCUGGCCUCGGCCGACCCUGCCAGGAUUCAGAUCCCAAAUUCACAGUGCCGGAGUUUCUUUUGUACUUGUUCUCGCCCGAGAAUGAAAUCUGGGACAAGCGCUAUGAUGAGAUUGUUGAUGACAUGAGCCAGCCGCUCUGUAACUACCUGAUUGCCUCCUCACACAAUACAUAUCUUACAGGGGAUCAGAUUGCCAGUGAGUCAUCAUGUGAGGCCUACGUACGCUGUCUACGCAUGGGUUGCAGAUGUCUGGAACUUGACUGUUGGGAUGGACCAGAAGGAAUGCCCAUAAUCUAUCAUGGCCUGACCCUGACUUCAAAAAUCAAAUUCAUGGAUGUUCUGAAGACGAUAAAGGAACAUGCUUGGGUGCAGUCAGAUUUGCCCAUCAUACUGUCGAUAGAGAACCACUGCACACUGAUACAGCAACGUAACAUGGCCACAUCAUUCCAGGAAGUUUUCGGGGAUGCUCUUCUGACCCAGCCAGUGGAUCGCGAUGCCACUACACUGCCCACCGUCAACCAGCUGCGGAAGAAGAUCAUCUUGAAGCACAAGAAGCUGACGGGAGCCAGUGAGACUUUCAGCGUACCAACUGAAGAAAUGUCUGGACUUGAUGUGAGGAACUCUCUGAAGAAUGGAAUUCUUAAGAUUGAGGACCCAAUGGAUAAUGAGUGGGUUCCCCACUUCUUCAUGUUGACAACAGAGAAGCUUUUCUACUGUGAGCAGACUCAGAACGUUGGCAACCAAGAUGAUGAUGAUGACACCAGCAGUCAAUUGGAUAUUCAAGCCACCCCCAACGACGAGCUACACUUCUCGGAGCCUUGGUUCCAUGGCAAGCUCAACAGCAAUAGUGACGUUCCGCCCAGGAUGCUGGCCGAACAGCUGCUGACCCAGUACCAGAAGGGAGAUGGCACCUUCCUGGUGCGAGAGAGUGAGACCUUCAAGGGAGACUACUCCUUGUCUUUCUGGGCUCGAGGAAAAGUCAACCACUGCCGCAUCCGCUACAAGCUGGACCAGAGCCGGCCCAAGUAUUUCCUGGUGGAGCACACCUGCUUUGAUAGCCUCUACAGUCUCAUCUCCCACUACCGACAGUGUCCCCUGCGCAGCCGUGGUCUGGAACUCCUCCUGACCGAUCCAGUACCCCAGCCACUAAGUCAUGAGGGCAAAGAUUGGUUUCAUAAAAAGUUGAGCCGAACCCAAGCGGAGGAGAUGCUGAAGCGGGUGCACCAAGACGGUUCAUUCCUCGUCAGGAAGAGGGAGCAGGCAGACGACUCCUACGCCAUUUCAUUCAGGGCUGAGGGCAAGAUUAAGCACUGCCGCAUUAACCAGGAGGGCCGCCUCUUUGCCAUCGGCAAUGCCCACUUUGAGAGCAUUGUGGAGUUGGUCUCCUACUACGAGAAGUUCCCGUUGUACCGCAAGAUGAAGCUUAAGUACCCUGUUAACCAGGAGAUUGUGGAUCGGCUCGGAGGGGCUGCAGACGAGAAUUCCUUGUAUGGAAACCCAGAGCUCUACAUGGACCCAAACCAGUUUGUACCAAAGGUGACGGUGAAAGCUUUGUACGACUAUAAGGCACAGCGAGAUGACGAGCUGUCAUUUUGCAAGCAUGCCAUCAUUACCAAUGUGGACAAGCAGGACCUUGGAUGGUGGAAAGGAGACUAUGGGGGCAAGAAGAACAUGUGGUUCCCAUCCAAUUAUGUGGAGGAAACCCAGCCAAAUGAUAAUGGACCUGAUUCAAUGUUAAUGGGAAACCUACAGAAAGGGGUCAUCGAUAUUCGGAGAUGUGUUGUCGAGACGUUGCCGGCAAGUCGGUCCACCCACCCCUACGUCUUCAGAAUCUCCCCUCUGAACAACAGACCUUCUAUCGACCUGGCAGCAUCUUCCACCGAAGACCUCGGCGACUGGAUUCAGACCAUAGAGGAUGCCUCCAUCAAGGCUGAAGCCAGGCGAUUGGAGGAGACCAGGCAUGAACGCAAGAUGCGCAUCGCUAAGGAAUUCUCUGAUCUCAUCGUGUAUUGCAGAUCAGUACCUUUCCGUGAAGACAACAUUCCUGGCAACUACUAUGAAAUGUCCUCCUUCCCAGAAACGAAGGUGGAGCGGUACCUGACCAUCUCCAAAUCCAAGAUACUGCUGGAGUACAACAAGCACCAGGUCAGUCGGACGUAUCCCAAGGGGCAGCGCUUUGAUUCCUCCAACUACGACCCUGUGCCCAUCUGGAACAUCGGCACACAGAUGGUGUCUCUCAACUACCAGACACCAGACCGCUUUAUGCAAGUUAACGAGGGCUUCUUUGCCCUGAACAACCGCUGUGGAUACGUUCUCAAACCAGCCUGCAUGAGAGAUGCCGCCUUUGACCCCUACGACCAACGCACAGUGUCUGGAGUCGAUCCCAUCCAUCUAAACAUUACGAUUCUGGCAGCACGUCACUUGGAGAAGACUGGGCGGAGUAUCGCCAGUCCCUUUGUUGAAGUGGAGAUAAUUGGUCUGGAUCGAGACAAUGCCCAAAAGUACAAGACACAGACAGUUGCUGACAAUGGCUUCAACCCAAUCUUCAGCGAACGCUGUGAAUUUGAUGUUGUUAACAAAGAACUGGCCUUCAUCCGCUUUGUUGUGCAAGAUGAGGAUGUCUUUGGGGACCCCAACUUCCUCGGUCAGCGGACACUACCACUGCGGGCAAUCAGAACAGGUUAUCGCUCAUUGCCACUUAUGAAUGGGUACUCUGAGUUUCUAGAGCUGGCAUCACUGCUCAUUCAUGUAGAAUCCAGGGUUAUCGGGAGCACAGACAACAACAGUGCAAGAGACCAGCCAGUAUGCCGUGCAGAGGCCCGCUAUGACAUCGGCGCACAUGCGAUCAUGGACUGA